AGUUGAGUCGCAAUAAAUAGCAGAGAAUAGUCACUAUUAAUUAACUGGAGACUCAAAAAACAGAUAUAAUUCAGCAGAACUGGAUUACAAUUAGUAGCUAUCAUCAACAUGUCUGAACAAUUGAACGAAUCACCUAGUAGUGACACUUCACUAACCAAAAGAUUUGGCACCUUCAAAUUAGUCAUGUUGGGAGAAUCAAAUGUUGGCAAAUCUUCCAUCAUUCAAAGAUUCACAAAAAAUAUGUUUGAUUUACAUCAAGAAGCGACAAUUGGUGCUGCUUUCAUUACAAAAAUAUUUCAGAUCAACCAGAUCGAAAAGGGAUAUGUGUCGAAGAUUAAAUACGAAAUUUGGGAUACUGCUGGUCAGGAACGUUAUAAAUCUUUAACCCCAAUGUACUAUAGAAAUUCAAAUAUUGCUAUAAUUGUUUUUGACUUAUUAGAUCAUGAAUCUUUCAAAAAGGCAAAGGAUUGGAUAAAUGAGCUCAACUUUUACAACGAUACAAAUGGUACCAGUCAGAAGUAUAAUACGAGAACCAGUGGUGGUGAGAAUAGUCACGAUGUUGUUGAUGGUAAUGACAGUGAUGAUGAGAACAAUUUCAUUAUUGCAUUAGUUGGUAAUAAAAUGGAUUUGGUAAACAAAUCCAAUUCCCACAAGGCCAUCUCUCAAACAGAAAUUAAUGAGUUUGUGAAAGAAAAAAAUUACUUAUACAUUGAUGUUUCAGCUAAGACUGGAAAAAACAUUCUGAAAUUAUUUGAGGAUUUAAUUCCUAAUAAGAUUUCCAGCAAACUAUUUAUUACAGAGAACGAUAUAUUGGUUGAUCACAAAAACGCUAAGAAGAGUGCCAAAAAGAAAAUAUUGAGUGAUGAUUUAAUUAAUUUAAAUGAUGGAUUUAUUGAUAUUGAUACUUCAAAUAAUUCAAAAAAAAGCAGUUGUUUUUGUUAAUAAUUGUUCUGCUUUUUAUUUCUGCCUUCUUUUUUAUUUUUUUAUUUUUUUGUGCUUUCCUUCCCUUUCUUUU